GGAAGGCGGGGACCCGCCGGGAGGCGCCGGCCGGCCGGCGCUGCUGGGUGGGAUUGGCGUCCCUCGCGGUCGCAGCGCCCCCUCUCGGCCCAGGGCCAGGCGGCGUCCUGCGGACUCGCGCCUCUGGCCCCGCCGGCAGGAGGGACGCGCCUGCGGGGCGGCGGGGCCCGGCGACCACGGCGGGCAGGUUGUGCGCCCCUGCAGGCGGCACCUUCCCGGCGCAGCUCUCCAGCCUCUUUCCCCGGAGCAUCGGCGCCACCCAUGGCGGAGGGGCUCGAGCCAAAUCCCGGGGCGGCCGACGGCGCGGCGGCCCGAGACGUGGAGACCCCGGGCUGGCACGUUCCCGAGGACGCGGGCCCCCAGCCCGGAAGUUACGAGAUCCGACACUAUGGACCAGCCAAGUGGGUCAGCACUUCCGUUGAGUCUAUGGACUGGGAUUCAGCCAUCCAGACUGGCUUUACAAGGUUGAACAGCUACAUUCAAGGCAAAAACGAGAAAGAGAUGAAAAUAAAGAUGACAGCUCCAGUGACAAGCUAUGUGGAGCCCGGUUCAGGUCCUUUUAGUGAGUCUACCAUUACCAUUUCCCUGUACAUCCCCUCUGAGCAGCAACUGGAUCCGCCCCAGCCAUCAGAGUCAGAUGUCUUCAUUGAAGAUAGAGCUGAAAUGACUGUGUUUGUACGGUCUUUUGAUGGGUUCUCUAGUGCCCAAAAGAAUCAAGAACAACUUUUGACAUUAGCAAGCAUUUUGAGGGAAGAAGGAAAAGUUUUCAAUGAAAAGGUUUACUACACUGCAGGCUACGACAGUCCCUUCCAAUUGCUUAACAGAAAUAAUGAAGUGUGGUUGAUUCAGAAAAAUGAGUGCUCCAAAGAAAAUGAAUGAGAACAUGAAAGGAGUUUCCAUUGCCAGGGGCAAACUUCUGUUUACUAUAGACAUCAACUCCACCUGUAAGUCAAAUGCGCAGCUAGAAUCUCUGCCUGAGAGCACUGCUUUGAAUCAAGCUUAUCUCCAAUGUGCCUUUUUAAUACCUGAAGCUUUAUCUAGAUACACAGGUAACAGGCGACAAUAUUCUAUAACCGUGCAAAGCAGUCAUACCUCUGGAGGUCUUUAUUUCAGUGAGGCACCAGGGUGAAUCACAUUAUGCCCCUCUUCUCCACUGUAUUAUAAUCAUAUUGCCUUUUUCUUCUUGGAUUUGUGUCAGUUGGAUAUUACCCUCUCCAGAUAUUAGUAAAAAUGCUGAAGAUUUAUCCUGUGUGGAACUACUCGGCUGCUAGAUGGGGAAGUUGAAGUUUGGUUGAAAUAAAAAUCAAAUUGUCAUUGGCGGCUGCCACUGUUAGAUUCACUGUUGAGUCCUCUUCAUCAUUUGCCUGCUACCACCAGCACACAAGAAAAUUCUCAUAGUACCCAGAAGUGUUGGUAAUAUUUCAUGAAAAAGUAAAUUUAUGAAGUUAGGGACUUCCUAUUUCCUAUUUUGAUACUCAAUGAAGGCUUUUUUUUUUUUCUGAAGAAAUGUAUACAGUCAUUAGUUUUAAAAUUCACUUAAAUUCUUUAAGCAUUUCACAUAAUAUUUCCAGAGGUUGUAUAAAAAUUAAUUAUUGCUAAGUUGGUCAUAGGGAUGGUAGGACAGCAUGGAGAAUAGUCAGUGAUUCUAUAACAUCUUUCUACCUUGAAACAGUAACCACACUACAGGGGGUGAGGAUUUGAUAAUGUGGGUAACUGUUGAACCACUGUGUUGUACAUCUGAAACCAGCAUAAGAUUGUAUAUCAACCAUACUUUGAUUUAAAAAAACAUUACUCAUUGCAAGAGUGGGUUUCCCCCAAAAUCAAGGAGGUUGAAAUCCUCACCUAAUUGUGUUGGAACAUGCUUGUCCUGGAGAAGACAGUUGCAUUCAGUCGCCUGGAAGGCCGCUGUGGGAAGGGCACUGACUUCCCUGUGGGCUCUUAGAGGAUGAUGGUUGUAGGAGUGAAGGAGAAAAGCAGGAUGGAGUUCAGUAACUUCCCAACAUUACAGCUGCCCAUGAAUGACACUACUUCCAGGUCGCAUCAUUGUGUGUUUAAGCAGAGACCAUGAGGGGGAUUUGAGUAUCCAGUGGGUAAGAGGAUGAAGCCAGGUGAUGAUGCUUCAGGUCCCUUUUAUCCCAGCAUUACAUUACAUAAUACCAUUGUAAUUUUAAUAUUAAAACUAACCUCUCUAACCUGGAUAAAAUAGCCAUACCUACGAUUAGUGGUUUCCAUAGCUGACAUUUAUGGGUUACCUUCCAGGUGCACCAUUCUAAGUGCUUCACCUGAAAUACCAGAUUUGACACUCAGAAAAUGCUGUGUGCUACACUGUAUCAUCUCCAUUUUAUAGAUGGGAACAUUGAGGCACAGAGGUAGUAGAUAACUUGCCCCAGUGGAAACU